AAUUCUCAAGUGACUCACAACGCUUCUCUUAUUUCUCGGGGAGAUUUACUCGCGCGCGGGAUUAAUUGCCCAGAUAAAUAGAACAGAACCAAAACACUGGCGGCCAGUCAACUAACCAAAUCACUACUACUCCGAGGGCAAGCCUGAAACCAGAGUCAAAACCGUUCCGAAGCCGAAAAAGUUUUUAUCGCGAGUUUCGACCUCGACGUGAAAGUUUCCACCGCUGCGUGCACUUGAUAUACACAGCGCACACAUGGCGAAUGUGAGGAUAGUGGAGUCCAAGCUGGACAUAUUCCAGGCCCCGCAGAGCCAUGCCCUGGCCCAUGCCGUGGAGUCGUCCUUUGUGGCGGAGCGGGGAUCGCUGGCGUGGCAGUUCGCCCUGAUCUACGGGGAUGUGGACGAGCUCAGGCAGCGGAGGGUGGCCCGGGGAAACUGCGCUGUGCUGGAGCACAACUCCCGGUUCAUAUACUAUCUGGUCACCAAAGCGAAUCUCUACGAGGCCAGCACUUACGACGACGUCCAGGCAGCUCUGAUCUGUAUGCGGGAACAUAUGCGCAACCACGAGAUCACCAAAGUGGCCAUGCCCCGGAUCUGCUGCGACAAAGACGGCCUCGAGUGGCGGCAAGUGAAGCGUCUGGUGCAGCAAACCUUCUCCCAGAGCGAGUACCCCAUUGAGAUACUCAUCUGUGAGCACGAAGACAUGUCCAAGGAGCUGGCUGCUCCCAAGUGUCAGAUUACGGAGGCCAGGGGAAAUCUAUUCAGUGCCCCGGAAAACUACGCUUUGGUGCACUCUGUCAGUGCGGAUUUCGCCAUGUGCGCGGGACUGAAUCUGCAGUUCCGCUGCAAGUUCGGCCAUGUGGAUGAGCUGAAGCGCCAGAAUAGGCACACCGGAAACGUGGCAGUCCUGGAGCAGGAUGGUCGCUUUAUCUACAAUCUGAUAACCAAGGAGCGGAGCCAUGAGAAGUGCACCUACACUGCUCUUUACUAUGCCCUGCUGGCCAUGCGGGAACAUAUGAGGGAGCAUGGCGUGUCCAAGUUGGCCAUUCCCCGACUUGGCUGCGGCAUCGAUCGCCUGGAUUGGCUGCGCGUGCGCAGUCUCCUGGAUCUGGUCUUUGCCGAGGAUACCGUGGACAUCAUAGCCUUCUUCUACACUCCACCCCAAAUGGUCAAGGACACGCUGAACGUGGUUUGUCCCACCUGCAGGCACAUGAAGACCAUCCAAUUGCCAUCGAGGUCCGUCAGCGGAUCAAGGCAAUCGCUUCAUCGCGAAAAGACUCCAUUCUAAAUGUUCUAAAUCCAAUGAGGAAACACUGUACAUAGCACCCGAAACGGUUUACUUGGGACUUGUGGCACCGAAUGCACCAAAUACUUAUAUAGCUGUUAAGAACAUACACCUAAGAGCUUUCAUGGCACGCAAGAUUUAUAUUUUUGGGGUAUUUAUACUAUAUUUAAUGUUUUAAUAAACGAAAUAAACCCUUAGAUAGGGUAUUAACCAA